AUGACGGCUCAAACAAACCGACAGAGCCCGUUGAGCUGCAGGAGGCGACUACGGGGAAAACAGGGCGGCGAACAGUCCGCGGUCGGCUAUGCGAACUGUCAUGGCGUCUGUGCCGAGGAAGCGCAAGGCAGUAUCUUUGGAAGCGAAACUCGCCAUCAUGGACAAGGAACGAAGGUGACGUUCCUGGUGCAGAAGCACGGGCUUUUGCAGUCAACAAUAUCAACAAUCCUGAAGAAUGAAGAGAAAUUGCGGAAAGAAGCAGCAGGCAGCGGAGCGAGUGCGAAGCGAAAAAGGAUUCGGGAUCGCGCGUACGAUGAGAUCAAGGAAGCAGUCUACAAAUGGUUUCUCGACGCCCGGAGUCGGAAAAUACCCAUGAGUAGGCCGGUCCUGGCCGCAAAAGCAAAACGCUUCGCUUACCUCCUCGAUGAAGAUUUCAAGCCCUGCGGAGGAUGGCUGCAACGAUUCAAGGACCGCUAUGGCAUCACGUAUCGACGGAUUGUCGGCGAAAGUGCGUCAAUGGACCGUGCAGGCAGGGAGGCAUGGCUGGAUGAGCAUCUUGAAGACAUCUUUCAAAGGUACACCGAAUGCAACAUUUAUAACGGUGACGAGAUGGGGUUGUUUUAUCAACUGCUUCCUUCAGCAACGCACGCUCUCAAGGGAGAAAACUGCGCGGGGGGAAAACAUAGCAAGGUGCGCCUUACUGUCUUCCUGUGUUCGAAUAUGGACGGUAGCGAUCUGAGGAAACCCUUUGUGAUAGGGAAAUCGAAAAAGCCAUGCGGUUUUUCCAACCCCGCAUCUGUUCUGGUCCGCUACAGUCACAAUCAAAAGGCCUGGAUGACUCGUGCAUUGUUUCAAGAGUGA